GCGGCGGGCGUGGCUUCGAGCGGAUGGGUCGGGAGGCUGGGGAUGGCGCGUGGCCCCUUUAAGACGCGCCAGGGCGGGCCCGGGCGGCGCGCGGCCCCUUUAAGGCUUGGCCUACGUGGCAGCCGCUGGAGCCGCAGCCGACGCGGAGCGAGGCCGGCCGCCGGGCACUUCCUGUGGAGGCCGCAGCGGGUGCGGGCGCCGACGGGCGAGAGCCAGCGAGCGAGCGAGCCGAGCCGAGCCUCCCGCCGUCGCCAUGGGCCAGAACGACCUGAUGGGCACGGCCGAGGACUUCGCCGACCAGUUCCUCCGUGUCACAAAGCAGUACCUGCCCCACGUGGCGCGCCUCUGUCUGAUCAGCACCUUCCUGGAGGACGGCAUCCGUAUGUGGUUCCAGUGGAGCGAGCAGCGCGACUACAUCGACACCACCUGGAACUGCGGCUACCUGCUGGCCUCGUCCUUCGUCUUCCUCAACUUGCUGGGACAGCUGACUGGCUGCGUCCUGGUGUUGAGCAGGAACUUCGUGCAGUACGCCUGCUUCGGGCUCUUUGGAAUCAUAGCUCUGCAGACGAUUGCCUACAGCAUUUUAUGGGACUUGAAGUUUUUGAUGAGGAACCUGGCCCUGGGAGGAGGCCUGUUGCUGCUCCUAGCAGAAUCCCGUUCUGAAGGGAAGAGCAUGUUUGCGGGCGUCCCCACCAUGCGUGAGAGCUCCCCCAAACAGUACAUGCAGCUCGGAGGCAGGGUCUUGCUGGUUCUGAUGUUCAUGACCCUCCUUCACUUUGACGCCAGCUUCUUUUCUAUUGUCCAGAACAUCGUGGGCACAGCUCUGAUGAUUUUAGUGGCCAUUGGUUUUAAAACCAAGCUGGCUGCUUUGACUCUUGUUGUGUGGCUCUUUGCCAUCAACGUAUAUUUCAACGCCUUCUGGACCAUUCCAGUCUACAAGCCCAUGCAUGACUUCCUGAAAUACGACUUCUUCCAGACCAUGUCGGUGAUCGGGGGCUUGCUCCUGGUGGUGGCCCUGGGCCCUGGGGGUGUCUCCAUGGAUGAGAAGAAGAAGGAGUGGUAACAGUCACAGAUCCCUACCUGCCUGGCUAAGACCCGUGGCCGUCAAGGACUGGUUCGGGGUGGAUUCAACAAAACUGCCAGCUUUUAUGUAUCCUCUUCCCUUCCCCUCCCUUGGUAAAGGCACAGAUGUUUUGAGAACUUUAUUUGCAGAGACACCUGAGAAUCGAUGGCUCAGUCUGCUCUGGAGCCACAGUCUGGCGUCUGACCCUUCAGUGCAGGCCAGCCUGGCAGCUGGAAGCCUCCCCCACGCCGAGGCUUUGGAGUGAACAGCCCGCUUGGCUGUGGCAUCUCAGUCCUAUUUGAGUUUUUUUGUGGGGGUACAGGAGGGGGCCUUCAAGCUGUACUGUGAGCAGACGCAUUGGUAUUAUCAUUCAAAGCAGUCUCCCUCUUAUUUUUAAGUUUACAUUUUUAGCGGAAACUACUAAAUUAUUUUGGGUGGUUCAGCCAAACCUCAAAACAGUUAAUCUCCCUGGUUUAAAAUCACACCAGUGGCUUUGAUGUUGUUUCUGCCCCGCAUUGUAUUUUAUAGGAAUAGUGAAAACAUUUAGGGACACCCAAAGAAUGAUGCAGUAUUAAAGGGGUGGUGGAAGCUGCUGUUUAUGAUAAAAGUCAUCGGUCAGAAAAUCAGCUUGGAUUGGUGCCAAGUGUUUUAUUGGGUAACACCCUGGGAGUUUUAGUAGCUUGAGGCAAGGCGGAGGGGCAAGAAGUCCUUGGGGAAGCUGCUGGUCUGGGUGCUGCUGGCCUCCAAGCUGGCAGUGGGGAGGGCUAGUGAGACCGCACAGGGGUAGCCCCAGCAGCAGCACCCUGCAAGCCAGCCCGGCCAGCUGCUCCUCGGACCAGCUUGCGGAGCCGUAGCCGCUGUGGGCAGGGGGUGUGGCAGGAGCUCCCAGCACUGGAGACCCACGGACUCAACCCAGUUACCUCACAUGGGGCCUUUUCUGAGCAAGGUCUCGAAAGCGCAGGCCACCCUGGCUGAGCAGCACCGCCCUUUCCCAGCUGCACUCGCCCUGUGGACAGCCCCGACACACCACUUUCCUGAGGCUGUCGCUCACUCAGAUUGUCCAUUUGCUAUGCCAAAUGCAGCCAAAAUUCCUUUUUACAAUUUGUGAUGCCUUACCGAUUUGAUCUUAAUCCUGUAUUUAAAGUUUUCUAACACUGCCUUAUACUGUGUUUCUCUUUUUGGGGGGACUUAACUGCUUGUUGCUCCCUGUCGUCUGCACCAUAGUAAAUGCCACAAGGGUGGUGGAACACCUCUCUGGCCCCUAGACCUAUCUGGGGACAGGCUGGCUCAGCCUGUCUCCAGGGCUGCUGCGGACCAGCCCCGAGCCUGCCUCCCUCUUGGCCUCUCGUCCGUUGGCUCUGCAGGGCAGGGGUGAGGCAGGUUUCUGCUCAUAAGUGCUUUUGGAAGUCACCUACCCUGAGGAGGGGGCACCUUUUUAACACAGCCGAGCUAGUCCCAACGCGUUUGCAAAUCUUCCCCUGGUGGCCUACUUCCUUACCCCUGAAUAUUGGUAAGAUCGAGCAAUGGCAUCAGGACAUGGGUUCUCUUCUCCUGUGAUCAUUCAAGUGCUCACUGCAUGAAGACUGGCUUGUCUCAGUGUUUCAACCUCACCAGGGCUGUCUCUUGGUCCACACCUCGCUCCCUGUUAGUGCCGUAUGACAGCCCCCAUCAAAUGACCUUGGCCAAGUCACGGUUUCUCUGUGGUCAAGGUUGGUUGGCUGAUGGGUGGAAAGUAGGGUGGACCAAAGGAGGCCACGUGAGCAGUCAGCACCAGUUCUGCACCAGCAGCGCCUCCGUCCUAGUGGGUGUUCCUGUUUCUCCUGGCCCUGGGUGGGCUAGGGCCUGAUUCGGGAAGAUGCCUUUGCAGGGAGGAGAGGAUAAGUGGGAUCUACCAAUUGAUUUUGGCAAAACAAUUUCUAAGAUUUUUUUGCUUUAUGUGGGAAACAGAUCUAAGUCUCAUUUUAUGCUGUAUUUUAUAUCUUAGUUGUGUUUGAAAACGUUUUGAUUUUUGGAAACACAUCAAAAUAAAUAAUGGCAUUUGUUGUA